AUGGCGGUAGAAGACGAGAACCCUGAGACACCGUCGGCUCAAAAAGCUACUCCAGUCUCACAAUCAGACUCCUCACAGCAUGCCCCUCAAUGCCCUAACCCUCAGGAUGACGCGUCGCCCAAGAAACAACCACAAACACCAAAAGAUUUCAUACGCUCAGUAGCCUCCAAACUCUCUUCGCAACCUCUCACUAACCCUGACGCUAAUGUUUGGGGUGUCCUCACCGCUAUUUCCAAUAAUGCCCGGAAACGCCCUCAGGGUCUUAAUAUUGUGUUGACCGGGGAGGAGCAUUGCAUUGGGAGAUUAGUUGAGGAUACGCGGUUUCAAGUUGAAGCGAAUGCUGUUAGUGGAAAUCAUUGUAAAAUAUUUAGAAAAAAUGCCGCUGCCGAGAUAUCUCACACUUCUGUUUUCUUGAAAGAUACGAGUACGAAUGGGACAUUUCUUAAUUGGAAGAAACUGACUAAGAGUAGCCCUGAAGCCAAAGUUAAACAUGGGGAUAUCAUAUCAUUUGCUGCUCCUCCGCAGCAUGAACUUGCAGCUGCAUUUGUAUUUCGAGAAGUUUUCAGGUCUAAUUCUUCAAUGGAGGGUGCAGUUGCUAAAAGAAAAGCAGAGGACAUUGUUGUAGAAAACAAGAGAAUGAAAGGUAUUGGAAUUGGUGCUCCUGAGGGUCCUAUAUCUCUUGAUGAUUUUCGGAGCCUUCAACGGUCAAACAAGGAAUUACGGAAGCAAUUGGAAAAUCAAGUCUUUACAAUUGAUACCUUGCGCAAUGAGCAUCGAAAUACAGUUGAUCAUCAUGAAAAUGAAAUGAAAGAGACGAAAGAAUCUGUUGCAAAAUUGUAUCUUGACCAAGUUCAGCAAUUGCAAAAUUUGUUGGAUGCCAAACAAAAGGAUCUUGUGGAGGUCAAUAGAAUAUCAGCUGAACAAAAACAUGUCGUGGAAGACCUUAAUGAAAGACUUACUGCUUCUAGGCAAUCAUGUAAUGAAGCAAAUGAAAUAAUGAAGAGUCAAAAGGCAUCUAUAGCUGAACUCGAGGCACAACUAGAAGAAGAACGAGAUCAGAGAAAAGAAGAACGACAAAAGGCUACUUCUGACUUAAAGGCAGCAGUACAAAGAGUUCAGUCUGAGGCACAAGAGGAAGUUAAACGACUAUCUAAUGCUGCCUUGCAACGGGAAAGAGAGCUGCAAGAAGAAAUCAAUAAGCUUCAGGAAAGAGAGAAAAAAUGGUGCUCCCAAGUAGAAACGUUGAGACCCAAACUGGAAGAAGCUAGGCAAAAAUUGGUUGCAUCUGACAAUAAAGUUCGCCAGCUAGAAGCUCAAGUUUGUGAAGAGCAACUGGUCUCUGCAAAUGGAAGAAAAAGAAUGGAGGAACUUGAACAAGAAACAGAAAGGCUGAGGAAAGAGCUCGAGAACGAAAAGUCAAAGUUGAAGCGCUCUGAUUUUGUUAUCAGCACUAAUAUGUUGCUGAUGCAUGCGGCUCGAGAAGAAGCUUGGGCUAAAGUUUCUACCCUUGAACUGGAGAUAAACGCUGCAAUGCGGGAUCUUGAGUUUGAAAGGCGGAGGUUAAAAGGUGCCAGGGAAAGAAUAAUGCUGAGGGAGACACAAUUACGGGCAUUUUAUUCCACAACUGAGGAGAUAUCUGGACUCUUUGCUAAGCAGCAGGAACAACUGAAGGCAAUGCGUAGGACGUUGGAAGAUGAGGAGAAUUAUGAUAACACAUCAGUGGAUAUUGAUCUGAAUGUAAAUCCUGGGAACGUAGAUGGCAUUUUGGUAAGAGACCAUGGAAUGAGUCGGUAUUAUAGGAACAGCAGGGCAAAGGCUGGCUCAGGUACUUCAGCUCAGAGAUUUGACAGAAACCAACCUGAUACUUCUAGUGAUGGAAUAAGUGUCACUGAGAAGCAUGAUUGUGAUAGCAGAAGUCGAGAAGACCAAAAUACUCAAGAGGAAGAAUAUACUAGUGUUGAGCAUCAUGUUAAGGGUGGCUUUGGUUCUGAAAUUGAUGGUGUUGGCACUGCACCUGUUGUUCUUGAAACAGAAAGCCUUGGUGUUGAUGGGGAGAGGGGUUUUGAUUUGAACAAAUAUAGCUCUUUGGCUGGGGACACAAUGCAAGUUGAAGAUGAAGCUCGUGUACAUGAAGACGAUGAGGACAUUCACACAAUUCAUCAUGAUGCCUUGCAUCACUCUCAAUCAAAUAAUCUCCCUGAGAAUCAGAGGGCCAUGGAAGAUACAGAACCUGGAGGCAUAAUCAGAACACAAGAUCUUUUAGCUUCAGAAGUUGUUGGCAGUUGGGCUUGCAGCACGGCUCCUUCAAUCCAUGGUGAUAAUGAAUCUCCUGGAAGUGGAGAUGAUGAGAAACGCGAUGCAGAUCAUCAUGAUUUUAAUGGUCAAGUGGCUGAGAGUCAAAGUGCACCAUCUUCUGAUGCUGCAGCCACCCGACGGAAUCAUGAAUGUCGAGCAUUGAGUGAGAUGAUUGGAAUUGUUGCUCCCGAUUUAAAAGGUCAAUUUGGCGUUGAUGUGGAUGAUGAUUGUGAUGGAGGGAAGGAGAGACUUGGUUCUUCCUCGAACUCAGAUACUGAAACUUGUACUGACAGUGAUGAUAAUAAAGAAUGUGCCAAAGUUGGAUCUAUAUCAGAUACAGACACUGAAUGCAGUGAUAAACCUGUUCAGGAUAAAAAACUGGUUGAUGCAAUGGAUGAAGAUGAUGAAGCUACACAAGAAAAUUAUGCGUGA